GCCAAAACCCCUGGAAUUCAGAUAGCAAAUGCUAUGCUCCUUAAACCUUUCCGGUAAAGCUCUUGCUUGCUCGCCGAUUCCGCCUGUUGCCACCAUAAAUCCAGCGAAGGCGGCCUCGUUUCAUCGUUUGCGUUCAAUCCUGGCGUCUGAGAACACGAUUUCGAUGCGGGUUUGAUCUUUGUCAGGGGUUUCUCCGUCCGAUUCCAUCCAUUUUCGUUGCCAUUUGGACCGGAUUCAGCUCUAGUUCGGGAGAAAAGGAAUUGACUGAGUUGAACUCUGACAGGGGAACGGUUCUUGACAUGGACGACUACAUGGACCCCUACGAGGAGGCCGAGGCCGAGGCCGCCGCGGAAGCCGCCGGCUUGGCGGACCCCGCCGCUGAGGUCUCCUCCGACCCCGAUGAGGACGACUCGGAGGCGGAGAGCGACUACGAGGAGAAGUCGUACGGCCUCCUCAGGUCUGGCAACCACCGGGUGCGCAAUCCGGACGGCACCUUCCGCUGCCCCUUCUGCCCUGGCAAGAAGAAGCAGGGCUACAAGCUCAAGGACCUCCUCCAGCACGCCGACGGCAUUGGCGCCUCCAGCAAGCACCGCCGCCACGGCCGCGAGCGCGCCUUCCACCGUGCUUUUGCCCGCUUUGUCCGCACCGAUCCGUCCUUCGCGGAUGAACUUGCCACUAUCACUGGCAUUGCUGGUGCUAUUGCAACUGACACUGCUAAUGCUAAUGGCAGUGCCAGUGCCAACGGGAAGGCCAAAGCCAGUGUUGGUACUGCUGGAUCCAGUUCCGCGGCCGUGACUGUGGGACGACCACAGGAGGUUGAGAAGUAUGCUUGGCCGUGGACUUUUGUUCUUGCAGCCGGAGCAGGGUUCAACGCUGACGACUUUGCUGGUAGAGUGGCCAUGUUUAGCUUGGUUGAGGUUGUGCCUUUGUUUGUCGAUGAGAUGGAAGGCAUGGAAACCUUUGCAAUUGUGAGGUUUACCAAUGAUUGGAGUGGAUUUAAUGAUGCACUCACACUUGAGAACCAUUUCAACGUGAAUAAGCUUGGCAAGAAGGAAUGGGAGACAAGGAAUAGUGGUGCAGGUGCUGUGGAGGGGGAGGGCGGCGAAUCCGAGGUUGAGGUUUAUGGGUGGCUUGCCCGAGAGGGGGACUAUAAUGCAGCGAGCGUGGUGGGAAGGUUAUUGAGGAAGCAUACCAACCUGAAAACAAUAGAUGAGGUCUCCAAGAUCGAGUCAGAGAGGUCAGGGAAGGUGGUGGCAACACUGGCAUCUCAGAUCGAGGCAAAGAACCGAUACUUGCAGGAUUUGGAGACAAAGAAGAAUGCAACAGAAUUUUCCAUUGCUCGACUUGAGGAGGACAAUAGGAAGCUGCAUGAGGCAUACAAUGAAGAAAUGCGCAAUCUUCAUCGCAGGGCUCGUGAAAAUGCUCUGAGGAUUUUCCAAGACAAUGAAAACUUGAGGCUUGAAUUAGAAAAUAAGAGAAAACAACUGAAUUCACGAGCUAAGCAACUCGAAAAGCUGUCAGCUGAGAAUGCUAGUGACAGGAAGAAACUCAAUGAUGAGAAGCAGAAGGCAAAAGAUGAUAAUAGUGAACUUGAGCUAGCUAGUAUAGAGCAGCAGAGGGCUGAUGAAGAUGUUCUGAAGCUGUUGGACGAACAGAAGAGGGAAAAGGAAGAUGUACUUGCAAGAAUGCUUCAGCUGGAAAAGGAGCUGCAUGAGAAGCAGCAACUUGAGCUCGAAGUAACACGGUUGAAUGGUACUCUCCAAGUGAUGAAACAUUUGGAGGGAGACGAUGAUGGGGAUAUUCAUGAGAAGAUGGAGAAGCUGAGUGAAAGAUUAGAGCAUGAAAAGAAGCGGCUGGAAGAGUUGAGCGGAGAUCUUGUGACGAAAGAGCGUGAAAGUAACGAUGAGUUACAACAGGCCCGAAAAGAAUUGAUAGCGGGCUUGGAGAACGAGCUAAAUGGGCGGACAGCUAUUGGGGUCAAAAGAAUGGGAGAACUUGAUGAAAAGCCAUUUCAAAAUGCUUGCAAGAAAAAAUUUGGAAAUGAUGAUUACCAGACCAAAGCUGCAGAGCUGGUCUCAAGUUGGCAGGAGGAAAUAAAGAAGCCAUCCUGGCAUCCUUUUAAGAUGAUUAUUCAGGCUGAUGGAGAAAAUAAGGAAAUUAUAGAUGACGAUGAUGCAAAACUGAAGUACUUGUGGCUUGAAUAUGGCGACGAUGUAUGCAAUGCGGUGAAGACCGCCCUGAUUGAGAUAAAUGAGUACAACCCCAGUGGACGGUAUGUCGUGCCUGAGCUCUGGAACUUGAGGAAAGGCCGGAAGGCCACCAUAAAGGAGGUGCUGAAGUACCUGUUCGGGCAGAUGGAGACGACGACCAAGCGCAGGAGGGGCUGAGGCGCCCUGGGCCGUGUCACCACCGAGCCAACUAGUUGUGCAUGCGCGCCAUUGGUGCUGUUGCAGAGCCCUGUGCUGCCCCCCCCCCUCCUGCUAUAGGAGAUGUAUCCUGUGAAUUCUGUUUGUUUAGCGACAUCAUAAGUGUUCGUGAUCCAGGCCUGGGUAUGCAUCACGUUCUCAUCUGCAUGUGGUUGCUCCCGUCCUAAUACACUGAUGCGAUCACUGAACUUAAUAAUACCCACCCAUGGCUUUCGUGCU